AUGGGCCAAGGUGCCGCCAGUAGCAACGGCGGCGACAAUAGCUGCGGAGCGAAUUGCGUGGAUAACCAUGUUGGCCAUGCAAUUGGUGAUGGAGAUGGGGUUGUCCGAGUCUCGGGUGGAGAGACUGGAAACGAUGGAGGCGUCGUCAUGGAAGCCUCCGUAACGGAUGUUGGUGUCAGCGACUUGAACCAAACUACUACUACUACUACUACUACCUACGAUGAAUCGGACGAUGAGAGCUCCCUUGCGGACAGCUCCGGCUCCAUUAGCGAUGGACCCAGCUUUGGAGGAACUUCAAUCCGAUCCCUGGGCAGCAUGUCCAACUGGAGCAUCAUCGACACUACUCUGCGUGAGGGCGAGCAGUUCAUCCAUGGCGAUUACGACACUGAGACUAAGCUAAAGAUUGCUCGAGCUUUAGAUGACAUUGGCGUUGAAUACAUCGAAGUGACCUCACCUGCUGCUUCUCCUCAGUCCAAGCUGGACUGCGCGGCUAUCUGCAAGCUGGGUCUCAAGGCCAAGGUUCUUUGCCAUAUUCGAUGCAACAUGGACGAUGCCAGAAUCGCAGUUGAGACCGGCGUCGAUGGAAUCAACAUGUGCAUUGGUACUUCCACUCAGCUCAUGAAGCAUUCCCACGGAAAGGAUCUCGACUGGAUCGCCGCCAAGGCCAAGGAGGUCAUCGAAUUCACCCAAGCCCACGGCAUUGAGGUCCGAUUCUCCGGCGAGGACUCAUUCCGCUCCGACUUCAGUGAGAUUCUGAAACUCUACUCGCUCAUGGACCGUCUCGGCGCCCACCGCGUUGGAAUUGCCGACACCGUUGGCGGCGCUUCUCCUCGUGAGGUCUAUGAAAAGAUCUCUACGCUCAGGCAGAUGAUCGGAUGCGAUAUCGAGACUCACUUCCACAAUGACACCGGAUGUGCCAUCGCCAACGCCUACACUGCGAUUGAGGCUGGGGCCACUCACAUUGACACCACUGUCUUGGGCAUCGGAGAGAGGAAUGGAAUUACUUCCCUUUCCAAGCUCCUGCAGUGCAUGCUUCAUAUGGGUCAUGACUCUGUUCUGGCCAAGUACAAGCUUGAGAAGAUUCCUGCUCUUGAACAGCUUGUCGCUGAGGCCGUUCGCAUCGAGAUCCCCUGGAACAACGCUUCACUUGCAAGAUAUCUCUGA